CUGAAAUCAUUUUUAAAGAGUUGCAACAGAGGCAAAAGGGGGUGAUUUUAAUGUUAGUUCUUUACUCUUUACUACACUCGGUAACAAAAAAACAAAAAAUCGCACUUUUAUUUAUUUUACUGAAUAAACAGAACCGUAAUAAAGUUCAAAGCAUUAUUGCAUCAGACACGACAUAAAAUUCAUUUGAUUCAUGUCAGUGAUUCUGUCCCCUUAUCCAAAAACAGUGUUUUUAUCACUUACCGAACGAAACCAAGUAGAUAAUUUCGACCCCGUAAACACUGCCAUCAUCUCAUCCAUUUUCUCUCCUCACAACGAAAUUAUGGCUGACACUCCAAUCAGAUUCGGAAUCAUUGGCUGCGCCGAGAUAGCUCGCAAAGUAUCCCGGGCCAUACAACUUGCUCCGAACGCCUCUCUAUCCGCCGUCGCCAGCCGCUCCAUCGUGAAAGCUGCCAAUUUCGCCAAGGCCAAUGGGUUCCCACCUGAAGCCAAGAUCUACGGCUCCUACGAGUCCCUCUUAGACGACCCUGACAUCGACGCCGUUUAUUUGCCCUUACCCACUAGCCUCCAUCUCAAAUGGGCUGUAUUGACGGUUCAGAAAAAGAAGCAUCUGCUGACGGAGAAGCCCGUGGCAUUGAACGUGGAUGAGUUUGAUGAGAUUUUAAAGGCUUGCGAAGAAAAUGGGGUUCAGAUUAUGGAUGGGACCAUGUGGGUGCAUCAUCCUAGGACCCAGAAAAUGAAGGAGUUUUUAAACGAUAAGGAGCGGUUUGGUCUGCUUAAAACGGUAUCCAGCUGCUUCACAUUUUUGGCUGAUCCGAAUUUUCUCAAGAAUGACAUUCGUGUGAUGCCAGAUCUUGAUGCUCUUGGUGCUCUCGGUGAUGCUGGCUGGUAUGGUGUCCGGUCAAUCUUGUGGGCAGCUGACUAUGAGCUACCCAAGACUGUUACAGCCUUGCGAAGUCCUGUUCUCAAUGAAGCAGGGGUAAUACUAGAUUGUGGGGCUUCACUACAAUGGGAAGAUGGCAAAACUGCAACCUUCCAUUGCUCUUUCCUAUCAAAUUUGACAAUGAAUCUCAGUGCCAUAGGAACAUGUGGAACUUUGCAUCUCACCGAUUUCGUCAUUCCUUAUCAGGAGCAUGAGGCCGCUUAUAUUACAUCUGCAAAACCUAGAUUUAAUGAACUUGUAACAGGAUGGGUGCCACUUCCAAGUGAGCAUAUUGUCACCGUAGAUCUACCCCAGGAAGUGUGCAUGGUGAGAGAGUUUGCUGCCUUGGUUGGAAAUAUUAAAAAAAAUGGUGCGCAGCCAGAUAAAAAGUGGCCGACAAUUAGCAGGAAGACACAAUUGGUUCUGGAUGCGGUCAAGGCAUCCAUUGAAAAAGGUUUUGAGGCUGUUGAAAUUGUGAGUUAAUGUGUUUCAUCAUUUGCAGAAUUAUUUAUGCAUAAUCUGUUUUUCUUGGGUGGACAUGUUUUGGGACUGUUGUGCAGUGCUUUUCUUUCUAGCAUCAAAUGUGAACUCCAUCUAUCCAGUCCAGUGGGUUACUCCAAACUUAAUUUUUUUAUUUUGGUUGAAUAAGAAAUCGGAGGAUGACCUGCCAUGUUGCUCUUGUGGAUUUCGGCAGCUUCCUUGUUUUUUCUCUCUCAAAUUUAAUCAAGGCUAACAUGCAAUAUAAUGCUUAACAAGUAAUGAAGUGUAAGCUAAUAUCAUUCCCAGGGAGAUUUGUUGUGUAUUAAAAUUGUGUAAAUCUAUUUCUAUUUAAACAAUCGAAGACGA